CUCUGAAAAAUCUUCCCGCCAAUUUUAAUUUUCAACUGUUUAUUAUGACAGCAGAUUCCCUGUGUAUAUUAACGGGAAGAGGAACUUUCAAUUAUGAGAUCGAUUACCCCUUCUCGGGGUAUCUUCGAUGAACUACAUAAUGUCAAGAAUUUAGCUUUAUACGACAUAUGCUCCGCUUUUAAUAAGUGGGAAAAUGGUGUGAAGAAACUUCAAGACAAGCUACGUGCUCAGGAACUGCUGUUUGAUAGUGGUGCAAGAGACGCAGAAAGUGCACUACUUGAGAUAAAAUCUAAGAAAAACAAUGUUGUUCAAAAGCAGAAAGCCGCUUUUACGAAAACAAUAUCCGUACUCAAAGAAGCCAUCGAAAAACUUGAAAGUGAAGUGGCCGAUUUAACAACAGAACACCAAUUGUGGCAAGAAGAAAGGGACAAAAAAGUUAGUGAGAUGAAAGAAGUAUGGGAAGCACAUUGCCAGGCUAUGCACCGCUACAAGAAAAAUCUGAACAUAUAUAUUGACAUCAAUGAUGAGGACAGCAAAAUUUUUACGGUAUACUUUUUUAAAACUGACAAAGAAUCUGGCAGUGAGUACAGUGUUAAAUUACAACGAAAAGAGGAUCUUUGGGAAAUGGUUUCUAUGAACACACAUCUGCCAAUAGAAAAGAAAUUACAAGAACAUUUGGCUCAGUCAAAUGAUAUACAAGGAUUCUUGGUGUGUGUCCGAAAUCAAUUCAAACGUCACAGAGAUAAGAAACACUAAGAAAAAUGCCAAAUGCUAGUGAAGCAAUUUUCUAGUUAAACCAUUGUAGGUGACACAAAGGAGACUUACAUUUAAAGGCUAUUAAAAUAUAUUUUUUAUUAUAUCUUACAGAAAUAUAUACAUAUGUAUAUGUGCACGUGCGUGCCCAGACACACACACACACACACACACACACACACACACACACAGAUGUCUAUGAUCCUACACUUGGCUCAGUCAAAAGAUAUACAAUGAUUCUCUGCCCUAAUUAAAUUUUCAUAUUAAGCUUGAGCACUUGUGUAGGGCUUUUUGUACAUGAGUAAAGAUGCAAAUAAAAACAUUCCUGCUUCACGUGAAUUCUGGAGUUUAUUAGAAAGUCACGUAAAAAUACUGAAAACUGAAUAUAUUUUGCUAUACAACCACCGAACCCCCUGCGAUAGUAAUAUAUCAUGACUGAGUCAAAACUGAGACAGAGAUAAUAAGCUGUGUGGUUACAGCUGCCAUCCUAUUUAUAAUCUUUAAAUAUGAGUUUAAUGACAAUGAAUCUUAUGCUGUUGUAAAUUUUAAAUUUACAGUCAUUAUAUAAGACUAGAGAUUCAAUUAUGUUUAUUAAAUUCACUGACUUAUAAUUAUUUUACAAAAUUUAUUUGCAAAACUAAUGUGCAAUCAUUUUCAUAUUAUAUACAUACUGUUUGUUAUUUCUUUCUUAUCUUAGUUUACAAAAUGUUUUCAAGUAGAAAGUAAUAAUUAUUUAUUACAUGCAAUGUUUUUAACUCUGUUUUAUAUCACUUGACAC